AUGAGUAAAUUUAACACGACGCCACCACUCGUUGAUCUUAAUGCGAACAACUCGGUUCAAGAGGUCGAAAUACGACUUCACGAACCACUGAUUUUAAAACCUGGCUCGCGAAAGAAGAGAAUAGGUUUGCAAAUCUUAAAUGCUCUGGCGAGAUUAGAAGUAUUGUUGUGUAAGGAAGAGGCCCUUGCAAGUUCAGAAAUUGGGGUGCAGAACAUGACGCAGGUUGGUGUGGUGGCAAACAGAAUACUUUAUGAACUUGAUGGUUGGAAUUGUGUCUCGGCCACGAAAUUGCAUGAUAACGACAACCAUCGGGAAUGGUUGUCUGCUGGAAGGCUCCCUGAUCAACAACAUAACAAAAUGGAGAUUGACGCUACCGUGAGUGUUCUAGAGGCAUCUCUAUUACAAUUUGAUGAGGACGGAAUACCCAAAAAAGAUUUUCAGGCAUAUUUGACAGAAUUAGGACUUACUUCACUUUUUCCAAAGUCUGCAAAACGUUUAGUAGUCAAUAAGAUUCCUUCGAGAAAAAUAGAUGUCUCUGCACAUUUUAAUGAAAUGAACAUACAAAAUCAAUUGGUUGCUAUUUCAUUACGGCUCCAGCAGGAUAUAAAACUCGUUAAUCACAAAUACUUGGCACAUCAACUUGUACUUCUCUAUCAAUGCCUUAAUCAAGCUGGUGGUCGUUUUCUUAAAUAUAAAUUACGAGUUGAAUUGCAUUUUGAUGAAGUUAAAGUUUUGACAAACCAUUCGGAGGAACCGCAACUUACAACCGAACAGAAACGAUGGUUGUCACAACUAACAUCUGAUGUUGUGACGGAAGUACUAUUCAGUGGUCAACCUGUAGUUGCAAUGUCGCAACCGCUGGCAUCCUAUUUGAAUCUGAUCAGUGAGGCUCAUGCAAAGGCCAACUAA